AUGGCUGGUGAACUUGUUUUGAUAACCGGCGUGAGCUCUUUUGUGGGCUUUGCUGUGACGUUGUCCACCCUCGAAGCCGGAUACCGCAUACGCGCCGUAGUAAGACGUGAAUCUCAGAUCGAGGAGCUUAAGCAGGAACUUCCGAGACAAGGGCAAGUUGAAUUCGUCGUGGUUCCUAACCUUGGUGCUGCUGGCGCUUUCGACGAUAAACUCGAAUCCGUUGAUUAUAUUAUCCAUGUUGCCUCGCCCGUCACUACCGAUACUGGCAAUGUUAAACAGGAUCUCCUUGAGCCAGCUAGAGAUAUAACUCUGUCUUUGCUCACAGCUGCUGUGAAAUAUCCCCAAAUCAAGCGUCUGGUGGUCACUUCCUCGCUUUCGGUAUAUGUGCCUUAUUCGGAGUUCGUCACGGGAAAGUUCUCGCGAGACGUUUUCAGAAGUGACGAUGAGAUAUGCCACUACAGUGUCAAUGAUAAAUUCCCAAUUGGUCUAUUCAACUAUGCCGCUGGUAAAAGCAUCGCCAUCGACACAGCCGAAAUGUUCCUCAAGUCCAACAAUCCAUCGUUCGAAACCGUGUUCCUCUUUCCUUCCUUCAUAUUCGGCCCUAAUAAGCUAAGCAAGACAGUGGAGCAUUUCAACAAGGGUUCAAAUUCAAUCCUUCUAAACCACAUCCUUGGCAAGUCCAAGAAUCCUCUUGUCACCGUGUCUGUCCACAUUGACGACGUGGCAAAGGCACAUGUCCUCGCUCUCCAGCCAUCUGUUCCGGCUGGACGGUACCUUCUCGACAGCGAAGGUCCUACAGCUACGAACUGGUCAGAUGCUAUGCCGAUUGUGAAGAAGUACUAUGCAGAGGCUGUGCCCUCGGUUUUCGCCGAAGACGCGAAGCCUUUCGAAAUUAAGAUGGUGCUCGAUAAUGCAAAAGCGGAAAAGGCUUUCGGGAUCAAGUUCAAGUCUUUUGAACAACAGGUGAAAGAUACUGCAGGUUUCUACCUAAGUCUCCUUCCUAACUAA